AAAAUUUUCACUCUCUUCACGUCAGUCGCUUUGUUAAAAGUCUAUGUAAGGCCGAGGCAGCCAUUUUUACACAUGUUUUUAGCUUUUUCUGGUCAGCCACUCGUCUAGCAAGAAACCAAAUUUACUCUUUAGGUCAAUGGCUCUCAAAAGAAUCAACAAGGAACUGCACGAUUUGGGCCGAGAUCCUCCUGCACAAUGUUCCGCCGGACCCGUGGGAGAUGACCUGUUCCACUGGCAGGCCACCAUAAUGGGACCCCCUGAUAGUCCGUACCAGCAGGGAGUGUUCUUCCUCACAAUUCAUUUUCCAACUGAUUAUCCGUUUAAACCUCCAAAGGUGGCAUUCACCACAAGAAUUUAUCAUCCAAAUAUCAAUAGUAAUGGCAGCAUCUGUCUUGAUAUUCUCAGAUCUCAGUGGUCUCCUGCAUUGACCAUUUCCAAAGUCCUUCUGUCAAUCUGCUCACUGUUGUGUGAUCCAAACCCUGACGACCCUUUGGUACCUGAGAUUGCGCGGAUCUACAAGACGGACCGGGAGAAGUACAAUGAGCUUGCUAAGGAGUGGACCCGCAAAUACGCCAUGUGAUCGCCCCUCGACGCCAAUCACCGACCUCUCAUCUCGUCUCUCGUGUGUAUGACGAUCAUUCUAAUGCUUCAGUCUCUCUUCCUCUCUGCUCGUAAAGAGAAAGCAGUACGUUUCUUAAUGCUCCGACAUUUGCGAAAAUUUCCGUUAGACUCGCUACUAGUCACUGUGCAGUAUUUUUCGUCCACGAUCAUGUUGAUAUAAAAUAAUAAUUAUUCUCUCGUGGCACUCGCUGGCUGCUGCUUCAUUCGUAGGAUGAAGCAAGGGUCGACAGUGUUCGCUGCCAAUUUGUGUUAACUUCUGAUUUUUGGAGUGUCUGCUGGAAACAUUGACUGAAAUCAUCCAUUGUCUUUUUGCAUUCAAAUGCAACUUCUUUUUGACAUAGUCCACCGUUGUGAAUGGUUUACUGCAGCUGCUGAUCAAGUCUUUUCAAAGUUGUUACAUACAAAAGCAAACAUAAUUUUUGUAAAUACUUUUGUCGCUGUUUAUAAUUUUCGGUGCCUAGAAUAAACAUUGAUAUUCUUAUCUGUGUAACAAA